AUGUUUUUUUUCUUUUUCUUUCUUUGUCCCUUCUUUCCGUUUUCCUUCUUUCUUUCUUUCAUUCUUUCUUUUAUAUUAUUUUUUUGUUUCUUUAUCAUUUUUCUUUCUUUCCAACGUCCUUCUUUCUUUUUCUUUAUCAUAUUUAUUUAUUUUCCUUCUUUCUUUAAUCUUUAUCAUUUUUCUUUCUUUUUGUCUUUCCUACUUUCUUUCUCUCCUUCUUUUUUCUUCUUUUUUUCUUUGACAUUUUUCUUUCUUUACGUCUUUACUUUUUCUUUCUUUAUAAUUAUUUUCUUUUCAUUUUUCCUUCUUUCUUUCCUUCUUUCUUUUUUUCUUUCUUUAUCAUUUUCUUUCUUUCCGUCUCUCCGUCUUUUUUCUUUCUUUCGUUUUUCUUACUUUUUUCUUUCCUUAUCAUUUUGCUUUCUUUUCAUCAUUCAUUUUUUCUUUCUUUUUUCUCUCUGUUUAAUUAUCCUUUUUCUUUAUUUCCGUCUUUUCUUACUCCUUUCUUUUUUCUUUCUUUAUCAUUUUUCUUUCUUUCCGGCUUUCUUUCUCUCUUAUUUUCUUUCUUUAUCAUUUCUCUUUCUCCCGUCUUUCCUUCAUUCUUUCUUUUUUUUAUCAUUUUUUUCUAUUUUAGUAUUUUCUUCUUUCGUCCUUUCUUUCCUUCUUUCGUCUUUUUUGUUUAUCAUUUUUCAUUCUUUCCCUCUUUCCUUCUUUCUUUCUUUUUUCUUUCUCUGUCAUUUCCGUCUUUCCUGA